AUCAAUUACGUGAACUUUACCGUUACUGUGUAAUCGAGAAAGAUGAAAAUGGAACUCCAAAGACUCUCGUAAAUAAAGAGUCAUUUUUAGGAUUUCAUGCGGUUAAAGAUCCAACUGCCUUAGCAAUGUCCAAGCAGAUAAUGAAAUCCAUAAAUGACAAAAAUAUUUCUCUCAAUAAGUGCCGUGGACAAGGGUGCGACGGAGCUAAUACCAUGGAAGGCACUUAUGGCGGAGUUCAAAAACUCAUGAGAGAUAUAGAGCCAAAUGCGGUUUAUGUCCAUUGUGCUGCUCAUAAUUUAAAUUUGGUAGUAAAUGAUGCAGUAAAAGAGGUCAUAGAAAUACAAACAUUAUUCGAAACUGUGCAACAAAUUUAUAAUUUUUUUGGCCAUAGUAUUAAACGCUGGAAUAUAUUAUCUAGUUUUAUAUCCGAUAAUAAAGGAGAGACCGGGGUAACAUUAAAAACAAUGAAUCCAACUAGAUGGGCAGGACGCUUUGAUGCCAUGUUUGCUUUGAAAGUUCGAUUUGUUGAUGUUCAAAAAGUGCUUACAAAAACUAUUUUAUUAAAUUCCAAAACAGAUGAGAGAAAUGAAGCUAUCUUGCUGAAGAAGAAAAUAGAAAAUUACAAUUUUAUUAUGUUGUUGGUUUUCCAUUGCAAAGUCUUACAAACUAUAGAUGCGGCUUUUAAAGCACUUCAGUCUAAAGCCAUCGAUCUUCCAAAUGCUUCAAAGCGUUUGCAAGUCUGUCUGGAACAACUUGAACAGUAUCGACAUGAAUUUGAAGACUUAAAAAUGGAAGCAAAUAGUAUUGCAGUAAAAUGGUCCAUAAACCCUGAAUUUUCUAAAACUCGUCAGAGAAAAGUGAAACAUCAUUUUGAUGAAAUUUGUGAGGAUGAACGUCUCCAAGAUCCUGAAA